AUGUUAAAGUUAGAAAAGGAAAUGUAUAAGAACUUAAAUAGAAUAGAAAAAUUUUAUCUUCAGAUUUAACUGAAUCAAGGCAAUUCCUUAAAAAUAUAAAUAUCUGGAAUUAGAGAUAGGUUUUAAAUUAUAUUACAUAUAGAUUUUCCUUUUUUCUAGGAGACUAAUUCUCUAAGUAAAUGCACCGAGUCUUACCUAAUCAAGGAUACUACAGGCCACAUUAUGUCCUAAGUCAUUUUAUUAAAUUCUUUGAAGGCCUCUUUGUAGGAGUUUUUAAAAAAAUUUACUGGCAAGAAAGGAAUACAUCCAAAAUAGGCUUUGUAUCCUAUCUUGCACGCAAUCAAAAGAUUGAUGCCCUAAUUAGAAAAAUUAAUUUUCAAAAAUCAAAAAAGAAAAAGUGUUAAGCCUUUAAAUUUAUCAAAUCAUAUAAUAUAGUUUAAAGAUGAAAAACUUUUAGAUUGAAAAAAAUGUGAACCUAUGAUCCAAGAUAAAAACAAACUCUAUUUGU